AUGGCAACGACAACCCUUCAACUCUAUUGGGAUCUGGCCUCGUUUGACCCUACCGUUAGACAGACUGCUGCCCAGUCAUUGAUCCUUGCCCUGACCGAAUUUCAACAGGCCCACCAGAAAUCCCUCGACGAUUCAACCUCAACUCCAACAACCUCAUUAGCUGACACCGAAGAAAAACUUGACCUUGUCUGUGCCUCUGAUGUAUCAUACGCUGUUAGACGUCUCUUGAGAGGUUUGCCUUCCUCUCGUCAGGGUGCCCGUCAAGGUUUCUCUCUUGCUUUGACCGAGUUGCUCUCAACCAUCGAUUUAGUAACAGCUAAGGUUGUUCUCGACCUUCUUUUCCGAUACACCGAGCGUGUUGGAUCCAUGUCGGGUGAAGAAGUCCGUGAUAUGCUUUUCGGUCGUUUGUUUGGUCUUAUGUCUAUCGUUGCUUCAGGAAUGGUAGCUCGUGAGUCAACCACCGCUGAGGAUGCUAACCGAAUUAUUGAAAGUCUGGCCGAAAUGGCCAAGACAAAAUCUUAUCUCUCGGAAGUUUGUCACCACGUUGUUAUCAAUAUGCUACCCUAUCUUAAGACUGUCGAUUACAAGGACUCUGCUGUCGAAAAGAUUCUCGAACUAUUUUUGAACGGUAGCGUUUCUACUGUCGAUCAGCUCAAUCUCGCAUUGGCCAUCCAAAAGCAAUUGCCCGAGACUGAUCUGACUGCUCAAUUUGCUGGCUGGAAAAAUACCAACGUUCUUGACCCUGCCAACCUCCGUCACUUGGCUCUGCUUGUUAAGGAGGUACCAAUUGAAGACCAAGACGCUCAGGCUGACUGGAAACCCCAGCUUCAUUCUGUUUGGGAUCGUCUUUUGAGUGUUUACCUUGAUGGUCCUUCCGAUGCCGAGGCUGAGGAGGCCAAGCGCCCCAAGAAAAAGCAGAAGACUGCCAAGGUUGAGCAAAAGACUGCUUCUUUCCAAGAAUUCUGGAAUGUUGUUGUUGAUGAAACCAUGUUCGCCAACACUUCUUCUCACGGUCGUAAGUUCUGGGGUUUCCAGCUUGUCGAAAAGGUUUUACCUCGUCUUGCUCCUGAGCAGAUGCCCUUGAUCUUCACCGAGAACUUUAUGAGAACAUUUAUCAACAAUCUUUCUUCUGAUGUUCGUUUCUUGAACAAGGCUGCCAAGCACACUGCUACUGUUCUUCAAACUGUUGCACAGGACAACAAGCAGGUCGGUUUUGCAUUGGUCACACAGCUUAUCGGUAAGCACGGCCACCAGAACUUUGACAACAUUACCAAGACCAAGCUUGUUGAAAACUUAUUGGCAACAAUGGAUACUGCUGGUGUUAAGUCUUAUCUUGAGUUCCUUGCCGAGACCUUUGUCAAGCAGGAUGAGAUGAAGAGUGAUGAUGAUUCUAAGCGUCUCAACUCUCGCAGAGAAUGGGCUCUUACCCAGAUGACUCUUAUGCUCACAAACACAAAGGUCCCCAAGGAUGAGUCCUGGAUCGUUUACCUUGUUCGUUUCCUUAUGGUCCACUCAUUCUUCGAAGUCAAGAUCACAAAGGAGAGAAAAUCAUUCCUCGAGGGUCUCCACAAGCCUUCUCCUGCUCUUUCGGAUUCCACCCGUGAAUUCUGCAAAGCACGCUUCCAGGCUGCCCUUGUUGCUUUGGCCAAGCUGCCCCAAAUCCAGAAAGUCAAGGAUCUUUCUGGUGCUGCAGUGAAGUCUCGCAGACUCAUUGGUAUUACCAACGACGGAGAACUCUGGGUUCACCGUGUCUACCAGAUUAAGCAAGAACUCGAAAAAGACACCAAGCAACUCAAGUCUCUUGUGACCUUGUCCAAGGAGGGCAUUGCUAUCAACAAGGAAGUCACUGAUGUCGUCGAAAAACUGAGAUCAAAGAUUGCCAAGGAUGAUAUGAAAUCUUUUGAUAGCAUUGAGCGUGGUUUUGAGAUUUUGUUCUUAAACCUUCAGUUGCACUUUUUGGUGGACGAAGAAGAAGCCCAGUCUGUUUUGGGUGAAUUGUUAGACUGCUACGAAAAGAUCUUUGCCAAGAAGGCUGUCAAGCCUACCAAGGCCAAGAAAUCCAAAAAGGCAGCAGCAGCAGAAGAAGAAGAGGGUCAGCCUGAGCCAAUCGAAGUCAUUGUUGAUAUUCUUGUCGGUUUCUUGACUAACCCCUCCCAUGUCUUGAAGAAUCUUGCCGAUCAAAUCUUCGAGAUCUUUUCUCCAAUGAUGACCAAGCAGGCACUCCAGACUCUUUUGAAUAUCUUGGCUACUAGUGAGAGCAAGACUGGUGCUGAGGAACUCUUUGGUGACAAUGAAGACGAAGAAGACGAUGAUGUCGAAGAAAUGGAUAUGGACAGUGAUGUCGAAAUGAUCGAAGAGGACGACGAUGAAGAGAUGGAUGAGGAUCUCAAGCGCAAGGUUGAAGAGGCCAUGAAGGCACAGGGUAUUCUCGGUACAGAAGAUGACGAUGAAGCUGAUUUGGAUGAUGAGGCUAUGGCCGCAUAUGACGAAAAGAUUGCCGAAGUCUUUAAGCAGAAGAAGAUUGCCAAGACCGAGCAAAAAGAUCUCCAGCACAACAUUACUCACUUUAAGAACAAUGUUAUGAGCUUUAUCACCAUCUACGUCCACAAAAACCCUACCAACCCUCUUGUACUUGAGAUUAUCGUCCCUCUCCUGAACAUUAUCCGCUCCACCCCCGGCAAGUCUGUCACAAGCCAAUUUGUGGACAAGAUGGUCGCAUUCCUGAAGAACAAGUUCUCCAAGAUGACCGAAUGUCCUACCAACUAUGACGAGGAAACAAUCUUCAAUGUUCUCCAGGCCGUUCACGACUUUGCUCGCCAGGCAUCAUCAAAAGAACUUUCCGAAACCGCCAAUAAUCUUUCUCUUUAUUUGCGCCGCUGCAUUUUGGGCGGUGCUGAUGUUGAGGUCGCAGACAAGGAUAAGAAGAAGAAGAAGGAACAGACUCGCUUCCUUGCGAUCUACAGCGACUCGUUGAAGGAGUACAUGACCAAAAAGUCAUCACAUUUCCACCCCAGCAUGAUCACAAACCUUUUGCAGCGCUUCCCUCUUAGUUCCUGGCCUCUUUUGGACACUCUUAUCGUUUAUAUCAGCCCGAGUGAGAGUGCAAACGCUUACCGCCAAAACAUGGCCUGUCAAUGGGUCAUGCAGCUUCUGCAACGUAUAGUUGGCAAGAAACACGAGAGCGCCAAUGCAAAGUUUGUUAAACUUGCACCCGAGUUGAUCAACAAAAUCAAGGAGGCCCAGGCAGCAUUAAAAGAAGGCAGCAACAGUGAUGUGAAGCGUACACUGGUCAAGCUUGAUACUUUAGUCACCCGUCUUUCUACAAAAUUGUCAACUGAAAAUUAAAUACACUUCACAUACGCAACACGCUCAAGCACACGCAUGCACACACACUCACUUACUCACUCACUCACAAAUACACACUCACAUUUUUGAUAUAUUAAAAAAAAAGAAGUAAAAAGUAAAAUAAAUCAUAAAAAAGAAAUAUUUUUAUU